UUGUAUCUGUGUAUUAAUAUAUAAAUUACUAUUUCUUUAGUUCACAAUAAAGACUGACGUAUCAAAAACGUUGUAUAUUUCUCGAACCUAACUUAAUUUUACAGUGAAUUGUAACCUCACAUUUAUCUCACAGUAGUCAGUAGUGUGAUGUGGUUUCUAUCAACUGUAUGAAAAUAUUCUCAACAUUAUACACAAAGAUUUUUAUUUUAAAUAAUAAAUAAGUAUAUACAAAUGUGUCAAAAGUGACAUUGUAUAUAGUGUAAAUAAUAAAUUGUUUUUUGACUACUUGAACAUAAUGAACAAAACUAAGUUACAAAAUAUUUUCUUAAGACAGCUUAAACAAACCAGUGCAUACAGAAUUAAUAUUAAUAAUGCCAACUAUUUUAAGAUACUACCAAGAACAUUAUUUCAUUCUGUAUGCAACAAUUAUAGUAUGUCCUGUGCAAAUAUUGCACACAAUUUAGACCAUAAUCGUGAACAGCCAGUGUCACUAAACAAUAUAAUAACAAAACAAUAUAGUUCAAUACGGCAUAGUAAUGUUUCCUGUAUAUCUCAUCAUCUGAAAUACCGUUGGAUUUUUUCUUCUGUCAUUUUAUGUAAUGGAGAGAGGCAUAUAGAACAUAAAACUUAUCAUGAUAGUCAAAGUUAUAAUAGUAUCAGAUAUUUUUCAAGCACUAGCAUUGACUUUGUCUCUGAAAUGAAAGUUCCAAUGCAAUUCAGUGGCAUUUUCAAAACGUUAUCAGAGAGCAUGCCUAUUAAAAUUGUUCAAGACUUCUUAUUAUGGGUGCAUGAUUAUACAGGUUUGCCAUGGUGGUUAGUUAUUGUACUUUCCACUGUUAUUAUGAGGACAACAGUGACUUUGCCUUUAUCUUUUUAUCAGCAAAAUAUAAUUGGAAAAUUGGAAAACCUCAAGCUAGAGAUGAAUGAGAUAGCUAAACAAAUGAAGAAGGAAACAAAUUAUGGAACUUAUUUGUAUAAGUGGCCAAGAGACUAUGCUACACAUUUAUACGCUCAUUCUAUGAAGAAACAAUGGAACAACUUAAUUGUUCGAGAGAAUUGUCAUCCAGCAAAGACUAACAUAUUGGUGCUAGUGCAAGUACCUUUAUGGGUGUCAUUGUCAAUAUCUAUCAGAAAUUUAUGUUAUAUGUUACCUAAACAAGAUGCCAGUGCUUAUGCUACUUAUCAGGAAUUUACAACUGAUGGAUUUCUUUGGAUCACAAAUUUGACUGUAGCAGACCCCUUUGUGCUUCCAAUCGCAAUGGGAUUAUUUAAUUUAGCUAUUAUAGAGCUAACUUAUAUGAAUAGGAUAAAAGAAAUGACAAAAUUCACGAAAUACAUGACUUAUUUCUUCAGAAUUGUUACCAUUGGUAUGGUUCCUAUUGCUAUGUAUGUACCAUCGUGUGUGAGCUUAUACUGGGCGACUAGUAGUGCAUUUGGUCUGUUACAAAAUCUAGCCCUGUUGUCUCCAAAGUUACGUCGACUUGCAGGAGUGCCAGUAACUGCUUCGGAAUCACCGAAUCCAUAUUUGCUACUUCGUGAAAAGAUCAUAGCUAGAUGUGGUUUGAAGAGAAAGAUGAAAACCAAACCAAAGACGUAGAUAUAAAUGUAGGCGUUUUUAUAACAUGAUGAAAAUAUUUCAUGAGUCAAUUAUUUGUCUUAUAUAAGUCGAAUAAUGUAUAUUCAGAAAUCAUACGUUGCAUUUUUUAGCUUAUAAAUCGACAUUUCUGAUAUGUAA